AUGGCUGAUAAUGGGAAGUCGGCGACGGAUAUCAUCACCUACAUCGGUGUGCCGUUGGCCGUGCUUGGAGUGCUUCCCAUUCUCUAUAACACCUUCGCGACCCUUGUCUCACUUUCGCGUAUCAAGCGUAUGCUCCGGCGUAGUCGGCUAACUGCGCUGACCCGGAGUGAUGUGGUGAACCGCGUCAUUGAGAUUGAACUUCCACGGUAUGCAGUGAUGCCCUUGGACAGGUUUCAAAAUCGAACAGAGUAUUGGACCCUUUCGCGUCAUCCUAGCUCGAUCCCCGGCGGGAGCUGGACAACCUUCAACUGGAGAACCAAUGCAAUCGGCCUCAAGACUCAACGCGUCGAGUAUGCCGAUCAAGUGCGUCAGCCGCAGGUGGAAAUUGCUUUCGAUGAAUUGGUCUGUUACCUCUUAGACUUGGGCGCUGUACCAGACCCCCAUGGCUGGAAGCUGCUGCGAGCGACAGGGCUAUGGACGCCGGUAGGCUGUUCAUUGAUGAUGUCCCCAGAUGGACGGGAAAAGGCACUCAGUCUUGCUCCGUCGGAUGACUCAGAUGGAAACCUGUCUCUUGCAGUGGCUUGGUCGAGUUCCUGGAUUACACGGGACUACUCACAGCUGCCACCCUAUUGGGUCCGUCUGCCGUCGCCGCCCCAGGAUCCCAAGAAAUCCGAGCCCGGUCAGAGUUCUGCCGAAGUCGAAGAGGAUGAUCAACCAAAGACUGCGGUUUCGGAGGAAGGAUUGAUCAGUGAUGGAGACUUUUACAAGAAGCAGGGCUCAGCCGAGGUUGACUCUAUUGAGAAUGAAACCAGCUCCAACUCCGAGAAAACCAUAACCUGCCAAAUAUCGAUGGCUGGGAUCGUCACCGCCUUGACGCAAGAAGACCAUCUUCAGAGCACUGUUAGACUUGACAGCCUGUAUAUCGAGCACAUUCGCGUCCGAACGGGGAAAACAGAUGGCGUGUGGUUCGCCAGUGCCGCAACAGCUUAUGGAACGUCACAUCAAACCAUUCUCUGGAACUACAAGAUUCCGGAUGAAAUUCUGUUCUUUUCCAGGAAGGAGACGGUGCCCUGUGGUGUCAUGGUUCUGCUAGGCAUGGUGGACGAAUCUGAGACUCCUGAAUGGGCGACUAAUCACGCUGAUUAUGGAGCCUCCCUCGAUCAGUUUGCGAGGAGAAGCCAGGAGCAGCGCACAGCCAUGGCAGCGGAAGCACGGAUGGCCCCUGCGCAGCGGGAACAAGCGGUAAAAGAUAGAAUGCGCAGAGAGAUGGACCAACGGAUGCAAGACAUGCGUGACAAGUCAAGGCAGGACCAGCAACGGCGCGACCAGCGUAUGAUGGAAGCCCUGCAAAGCCCGAAAUGGGACACCAAGCUUGUUGCGGAGCACACUCUACGAUGGCUCAAAGGCCAGGGUUUAUGGAGCGAGUCAUUGACUCUCAAGGAAGUUGUGGGCUUCAUGUUGCAUCGCAUGGUUCUUGAAGGCGAGUAUGCUUCCAGCAUAUGCAGCAUGCUGGAUGUAUGGAAGGGCUGGGCGGACAUGGGAGGAAUGAAAAGAACGGACUACCAGAAGAUCGUGGACAACAAGGCUACGUUUGCCCAUGCAACCCUGUUGAUCGCGCUGAUCAAGGAUACGUCUACGGCGCUGGAUGGCACGCUGGCGAUGGACUUGCAAGAGUGUUUGAGGAUAUGGAGGAAGGUUCGUCUUGGGUAG